AUGUAGUAUUUUCGGUUGUCAGUCUUCUUCAAUCUGGCUCAGCCGGUAAGGAGGUGACGCAAUUAAUGUGCGCCACUGCUGCUUAGUGGCAUAACGAUGUCGGGUCCUAAGAAUGUUUUGCAUUCUUUAGCUGUGUACGAUGAGGAUUCUGAGCCAGAUACAGAUAAUGAAGCAGCGGAUGACGAUCCUGCCACACCCAGUGAUGAUGAAGAGUUGGACGCUGCCCUGGAAGCUCCACUGAUAAGGCAGACAGAACUCCGAGAGAAAGGGGGACUGGUAUCGGCAAGUUAUGGAGAGGAUGAUGUUAAUAGACAAGAUGGAGAUAGACUAGACGAUGAUUAUGAGGAGGACUACUAUCAAGAGGAAGAUGAAGAGGAGGAUGAUGCAAGCAGCAAGGCAUCGGGUGAUGAAGAUUCAGAAAAUAACAGCUCCACAAUCGAUGGCAUAAAGGAGGUGUCAGAAGUGGACAACAAAAAGGACCCACAGGAGCUUGUUGCUUCAUUCUCUGAGAAAGUAAGAAACAUGGCACCAGAUGAAAUCAAAAUCCCUCCAGAACCCCAAGGGCGAUGUUCCAAUCAUUUGCAGGAAAAGAUCCACCGGUUGUAUGAGAGGAAGAUAAAUGAAGGACUAGACAUGAACUCUAUUAUCCAGAGAAAGAAAGAGUUUCGCAACCCAAGUAUCUAUGAGAAGCUGAUCCAAUUCUGUGGUAUAGAUGAACUCGGCACAAAUUAUCCUAAGGAUAUGUUUGACCCACAUGGGUGGUCAGAGGAUUCCUUCUAUGAAGCUUUAGCUAAAGCACAGAAAAUUGAAAUGGACAAAAUGGAAAAGCAAAAGAGGGAACGAACUAAGAUUGAAUUUGUAACUGGAACAAAGAAAGGUGGUACAACUACAAGCACAACAUCUACAAGCACUACUACCGCCAGUGUCACGACUGCAGAUGCUCAGAAGAGGAAGAGCAAAUGGGAUUCAGCAGUUCCAGUGACGACUAUAUCUCAGCCACCCAUCCUGACUACCACAGCUACACUACCUGCAGUUGUUACAGUCACCACAAGUGCCAGUGGGUCCAGGACCACUGUAAUUUCAGCAGUCGGUACAAUAGUCAAAAAAUCAAAACAGUGAGCAGUGGUCCAGGACACAGCUUUGGUAAGCUAGGAGAAGUUUUUGAUGUAAUAGACUGUACAUAUAUCGAAAAAAUGUCUCUGCCGUUACAGAUCCUUAAGUAACAAGGCAGUAUUUAUGCACAGCCAAACUGAGAUGAACCUAUACUCUUGCCUUUGAAAGUAUGGACUUUGUUUUUAAAGCCUGCUAAGAUUUGCUUGGAACAGGGACUAAACUGGUAGCAUUGAGGCUUGCCGUGCCACUGACAGAUACCAGUAGUACUACACCAGGUUUAUUGAUGCUGCUUUAGGCAACACAUCAGAAUGCUGUUUCAGCACAGUAGUGGUGGUGGUCCUCAUUUAUUUAUACCGUAAUAAGAAAUGCAGGACUGGGUGAGAAAUUUUCAGACCUGUUGGGCCCGCAGUUUUUUUCACAUUCCUUUAUCGUAAAAUUCAGACAGACAAACCAGUUUUAGUAAAGGAGCUUGCCAUGACUUGUGGGAAACUGAAGAAAUUCCAGAUUGCGUACUUGCAUAAUUCUCAUAGUAAGGCUGAUGUUGAAACAGAAAUAUUGAAACACAGUCUCUUAGAAUGGCAAAUACUUAAAUUUUGACAUCAGACCUAAAAUGUGUCUUGAGAAAUACAGUAAAGUUGAUUUUAAACAUUCAACGAGUUUGUUGCUGUCUUGGGUGAUCAACCAUUUAUGUAUUAUCUAUAGAUUCUUGCCUUCCUGUUACCAUAAAAAUGUAAAAUUUUGUAAAGGUUCAUUAAAACUAUAGAUUUUGUUUUGUGUAUUUUUUCUUUGAGUUCAGGAUUAUGCUUUUUUCUGGGAGGCAGAACUUCAGUUUGAUCUUCCUGUUACAAAUGUUUUUGCCCUGCUGAUUUGAAAAUAAAUCCAUUGAACUUUUA